CUGGUUUGGAAAAACCGUCUGAGUGACAGAAAAUUAUCAGAAAUUACAGUUACAGUCGUUUUAUAUCCAGUCGACGGGCAUCAUGUUGUUACGUGAUGUUGAGUAGUUGUACACGUGAGACGUGUCCGUCGGGUUUGAAUCAGCGGUCCAGUCCAAUGUAUCGAGCCAGGGCUAACUGUGAGGAAGUCCGCAGCAGAAGAUGUUGAUAGCAAAGGAAAUGUUAGCAGGCGGUUGCCACACUUGAGGGGACAUUUUGUGGUGGGGGGAAAGAACGAUUUUGGCUCUGAGAGGAGCGGUUCAUCCUCUGGGGACAUGCUGCUGCUACUUGUGCUGUAGCUAGCAGGCACUUGUGCCGAUGCUGCUGGCAGCUAAAUUUAGCAUCUUCAGCUAAAAUACUUUGUUUUGUUUUUUACUUCUACGUGUUUGGAAAUCUCAAGGGUCAUGGAUUUCCCAGGCCACUUCGAGCAGAUUUUCCAGCAGCUCAACUACCAGCGUGUCCACAGCCAGCUGUGUGACUGUGUGAUUGUGGUGGGCAGCAGACACUUUAAAGCCCACCGCUCGGUCCUCGCAGCCUGCAGCACCCAUUUCAGAGCGCUGUUCACUGUCGCAGAGGGCGACGCCAGCAUGAACAUGAUCCAGCUGGACAGCGAGGUGGUGACAGCGGAAGCGUUCGCCGCUCUGGUGGACAUGAUGUACACGUCGACGCUCAUGCUGGGGGAGAGCAACGUCAUGGACAUCCUCCUCGCCGCGUCGCAUUUGCACCUGAACAACGUCGUGAAAGCCUGCAAGCACUACCUGACCACGCGCACGCUGCCCGUGUCCCCCUCGUCCAGCCACCACCGCCCCCAGCAGGAGCAGCAGAGGCACAGGCAGCAGCAGGCGGCGGAUUUGGUGACCCCUAACCUAGCAGCCAGUUCUAACCCCACGGCCGCCUCGUCCAAGCUGCAGCGCUCCUUCCUGCUGCAGCAGCUGGGCCUCAGCCUGGUCAGCUCGGCUCUGGGGGGGAUGGACGAGGACGGGGUGGGCAGCAGAGUGGUCGAACAGAGGGCCUCCUUCCCAAUAAGGCGCUUUCACAAACGUAAGCCCUCUCUAGCCAUGGGACUCUCCGAGGAGAGACCCCGACAGAGGCAGCGGCCCUCGGCGCCCAACCUGGGACUGUUAGGAGACGACGGGGGGAACGUGGAGCGAGAGGAGGGGGCGCUUCUCUCGCCCGACUCCCACAAGAUGGGGGACGAAUCCAAGCUGGACGCUUCGGUCCCCGGGCUGGUGCCUCCAGACGACUCUCAGGUGCCGAGUCAGUCGGACGGCGGGCACUGUGAGGGGGAGGGCCUGGGGAGGAUGCAGGGGGUGGUGAGUAAGGAAGAGGACAUGGGUGAAGAUGAUCAUAAAGAAGACAGAGGAGCAAUGAAGAUCAAAGCAGCUGCAGAGGCGGAGGCUGAAGAAGAGGAGCAGAAGGUGGUCAUUAAGCGGGAGCCUCUCAGUUCGCCUGAGCCGGCGGAUGAAAACAGCGACGUGACGUCGCAGGCGGAAGGCAGCGACCCAGCUGAGCCUGGCUGCCAGGAGGAGGAGGAGGAGAAGGUGGAGCUGAGCCCAGAGAGCAGCGACCGCAGCUUCACCUCUGAACCCCAGCCCAGCUCCGGCCCCCUGCUGCAGUCCAGCUCACAGCUCCUCCUCAAGAGCAGCCUGGUGGGAGGCGGCGGCACCGGGGUCGCAGCAGAUUUUGGCUGUGGUAACGGACUCGGUGGCAAGUCCAGCUUCAACAUUUCCAGCUUCUUGGGGCAGAAAGAUUUCGGUAGUGGCCGGUCGGGGAUGGUUUCUGGAGAGGAUACGCUUCCCAACACGACGACGGGGGAUUCUGUUUCUCACCACUUCCUGCUCAGGCAGGAUGCUGCCGGACCGUCAGGCUCCGCCUCUUCCUCUCGUCUGCAGACGGGUCCGCUCGGCGGUGAGGGUAGCUUCGGAGAAACUGAUUCUCUCUUUCUCCGUCCCCUGCACGAUGGUUUGGGAAACCCCAGAGGAGGUGGGGGUGGAGGGCGCGGAGGGGUGGAUCCCUUUGGCUUGGAGUUCCAGCGCUCUAGUCUGGGUCUACACUCGCUGGGACGCCCCUCAAGAGGGACAGGAGGAGCCUCCCCUCUCGGCUAUCCGAGCUACCGGCGCAUCGCUCCCAAGACGUCCUCCGGAGUCGGAGAAGAAAGAGUAAGCGCGGUUCUUCAGGAUGCUGCCUCCUCCUCUUCUUCAAGUCUGACCGGUCCCCUGCUCCUCAACGAGAGCGGAGGGUACGAGAUGAGCGGCGGCAGGACCACCUCCCUCCCGCCUCAGCUCACGCGGGCUUCAGCAGACGUCCUGUCCAAGUGCAAGAAGGCUCUCUCCGAGCACAACGUCCUGGUGGUGGAAGGGGCACGGAAGUACGCCUGCAAGAUCUGCUGCAAGACCUUCCUCACCCUGACCGACUGCAAGAAACACAUCCGCGUUCACACGGGAGAGAAGCCGUACGCAUGUCUGAAGUGCGGGAAACGCUUCAGCCAGUCCUCACAUCUGUACAAGCAUUCAAAAACCACAUGUCUGCGCUGGCAGAACAGUAACAUGUCCAACGCUCUGCUCUAAGUACUGAUGGACAAAAAGUCCAUGCAACAGUCAGAGAUCAGCUGGACUUUAGCUCCCAGGAAUGUUUUUUUUUCCCCUAAAGCUCUGAUUGAGUUAUUGGUUUUCAUCAUCUGCUCUUUCCAAAUCAAGCAGUCCUGAUCAAAGACCAAAGAUGGAGAUGAUUAUAGGAUUACUGAAAUAGCACAGACAAGUUGUUAAGAUCUUAGAAAUACAUGAAUUUUGUUAUUUAAUGCUACAUGCAAAAUGAAACAAGUACAGAUAUGUCUUGUUAUAUAGUAGACACGGCAUUUUAAACUGUUUUAUGAGUAUUUCUCAUGCAGAACAUGAACUUUGCAUGGAGUGAUUCAGGCCAAACUAGGCUUUUAAAAUCAAAAUAAAAGUGUUUGUCUGUGUCAUCUUGUCGGAGGAAGUUAUAAUUGUACUUGGAAGUAAAUUUGUUUUAGUCUUUACUGAUUUGUGUAACACUUGUCUAAGGUUCAUGUUUGCAUUGCACAUUAAAGCCCUGUCACAUGUUUCAGACAACUUUUGCUGACUUAUAAAUAUUUGGUCUAAGACCGUGACAUACUCUGAAGAUGGAAUAAAAGAAAUCAACUGAAGUAUCUUUUGGACGUAUCCAUACUAAAUCACUAAUGAUUUGAACGUACAACUAAUCUAUGUUUAACUUAAUUUUAGUGUAAUUUAUGAUGAAUUUAAGCAUAUCAUGUUAAAGCGUAUUAUAACGAUCACGACUUCAGAUCAGAGUGAUCUUUAGCGCAUUCCAUCAUGUGGGACAAAAUGUUCAUACAUCGGCAAAGUUGUCUAAAAUGUUAUAAUAAACCACGCAGCAGCUUCUUACCUCUGAGUCGUACAUACUGACUGCCCCUAUUUCAAACCACAGAGUCGUUCAGAGCUGUGUUCAUGAAAUUUCUUGUACAAAAAACAGUUUGAAGUCAGAUUUCAGGCUGUUGGACAAAAUGUAUAAAGUUAAAAUGUUGUAAAAACUUGAAACAUUUAAAGAUCAAACAUUCCUUGAAGGAAUGCUUUUAUCUCCUGUCGCCUUUCAAGCCUCAGUUUUAGGUUGAGAUCAUCUUGAGAAGUGAUAGUUGUGAAUGAUCUGAUCAGAUUUUGGAAAAUAACGUUCUGCACAAUUCUGUGAUACGAGAUGUCGCACUCAAAGUAGGUACUGUGAACAACUCUUAGCUACUACCACAUCAAACUGUAGCUCAUAAUCUGUAAAAUAAGCUGAGUUUUGUGUUGAUUAAUGUUGAUUAGCUGUGGUAUCCCUCUUGAAUUGGAUUGACUUGAAAAGUUGCAGAUGUUCACCCAGUGAUAAAUUUCUGUAAGUUUAAUUAAAAUCCAGUUGAUUAAAUAUUCUGCCAUCAGACAUAGUUGACUCCAAGUGGUUAUGGUAACGUUUUUAACAAAGGUCCUGUGCAAUCUGCCAGAGCUCAAAAUAUGUGUUGAGGAUCUGACUCGGCUACUACCACACCCAAUUUUAGCUCAGUUUCUUCAAAAUUCACAGUUUAAGCCAGUUUUGGUCUUUAAAGUCAGUCAGUUGUGGCAGCCAUCUUUAAACACACCAAUCUUUUUAAUACUGAAAUAAGCUGGGAAGAUUCGCUGUAAAUAUUCAUGUUCUGCCUUCAUUUGCCUUAUUGUGCUGUCUGAUUGUGAAACGUGUGGCUCUGUUACUGACUAAAAAUGUCUAAAUAAAUUUUGCUGUGGCCAAACAGAAAAAGGACAAAAAUUGGACGCACCUGGAGCUGUCCCUGCGGUCACCGACAGGUGUGAAGUUGUGUUAAAGGACAGGCGUUCAUCACGUGUUAGAAAUGUAAAUAUUGCACAUUUCUGGUCUGUUUCACCCAGUUUCCUCUGGGGUAUUGACACAAAACAUAUAAAGUAUUAGACUUGUACUGGUUUCCUGUUCUACUAAAUGUUUAUUUCAUUUUUUUUUCUGCAGUACUUGUAAUGUAAUUGGAUUCAGAAGCACUUAGACAAAUCAGUCUUUUUAUAACCAAUAUGUCUACUGGAGCUAUGAAGAUGUUUUAUGGGGAUCCAGCUGGCCAAAUCUAUCUAUGUUGGUUAUGAAAGCCAAGAGUUUUCUUCCUCAGCGGACAAUCAAUCAAACAUGGUGUCCACUAUUCCAGUGAAGUCAAUAUUUCACAGAAAAUAUGAUUUUAAAAGCAAACUUUUAGCAGGACGUGACUGUUUUUCUUCUCAAUUUCAGGGUUUUUUAAGUUGUUUCUUUGUCCAUUCAGCCUGUGGAGGGUCUAAGACGUGCUGAGAAGAAGUUUCUGUGCGUCAUCAAUGUUGUAAAUAAGAGCGUCUUUAUCAAAUAAGGCAGAGCGCAGUGUUCUCGUCUUGUCGAGUUUUGUUUUAGUGAGCUGAAAUGAAAAAUCACAUUUGCCUUUUCAUGUGCUAUCAUUGUCGGCACCUUUUUGUGAAAGUCAAAACACUGGUAGUCUGUACAGUACAAUAGUUUUAUUCGUCACAUUUAUCUAACAUGUCGUUGCUUCAGAAAAGAAACCGCCUCGUGGAAUAUUUCCUCCUGUAAACGCAGCCUACCGUUUGGUAGAUUUGGUAAUCAUGAGCUAGAAGAUGUGUUAAAAUUGACCAGCGGUGGUUAAAGGUCAGUUCUAUCCCAGCCAACCUUUUCACACAUUAAAGCACGAGGCAGCUACUGUGUUCUUGCGAAAAACCAGAGGCGAUGAGAUGAAAGCAUCCUCUUUCAAAAUGGUCUCUGUUGUAAGGUUAUGAACAAAUAAUAUCUUACCUGUUGUAGAUAGCUUUUUUUCCCUUCCAAAUGUUGCAAAUAUGAGAAGUUAGCUGUAGUACUUUUGGUGCAGCCUGGGGCUUAAUGAUAUAUUUAUACACACACACAGGAAUACGCCCUUAUUGUGACACUGAUGACAAUGUAAAAGUUUUAAAAAUAACAUUUGCCUGAGCUAUUGAAUGGUUGAUACUGGAAUUGUUUUAGGAUGGCAGCAAACUUAUCUGAUUAGAAUUAAACUUUUAUUUCAUCAAAUAGUUCAAAGAGUUUUCUACAACAGAUAAGACGGUGAUUGUUCAUAACCUCGUCACAAAAUCCCAUUUCAGAUUAUUUGAACUAUCUCUUUAACAAAGCUGUUUUCAGUAACUAUUACAUCGAUGCUUUAUGUUAAUCUCUGAAAAAUGCACUGUGUUAGAUUUUUAAAUUAUUCAGAGGUUUAAAAAUUCAAAAAAAAAAAUCACUGCCUUACACUUUAAAGCUUGAGAAAUUGAGCUUCUGUUUGGCCCCUCAUUGUGCAGCCAUUGGUUAAAUUGUCUCUAACUGUUUGAAAGUCAUGAUGAUUGUAAAGUAUGUUCGGCUGUUGUAUAGACUGAAUAAAAAAACUUAAAAGUU